AUGACCAGUUGCAAGACGAAAAACACGGCUUCUUCUCGUCUUGGAAGUACCAUGAAGUUGAUCUUGCUGGCUGCGGCGCUUCUGGCCGCCUUGGCCGUCGUCUCCGCCGCGCCUCGUCAGGCCGUCAAGGUACCAUUUUUGUUAUUUCUGAUGAUUUUCGACCUUCUUGGAUUAGUUUUUUUUUAAAUCUUUUCUGUGAAAGUCUCACUUCACCUCAGGAAGAACGUGAACUGGAUUUUUUCGAUUUCCCUAGAAGAUUGGGAUCAACUCUUCUUCCAGAGAUCACGGCUUGAAAUUGAGAGAAACCAUAAACUUGAUUAACGAGAUAAGUUUCAAUAAAAAUCUUGAUGCUUGAGAAAUAAUUUAUUUUUCUGGAAUUUUUGGAUCAACUCCUCUUUCUGAGAUCACGGCUAGAAUUUGAGAAAAAUUGAAAAUUUGAUUUCCCAGAGAAGCUUCACUAAAAUCUUCAUGUCUCACUUCAGCCCGAGAAAUAACGAAUGUCUUGAAUUUUUCGAUUUUUUUGAAUAUUUGGAUCAGAUCUUCUUACUGAGAUCACGGCUUGAAAUUGAGAGAAACUAAAAAUUUGAGAGAAUAUUCAGUGAUCUCCUCAGAUCUCACUUCAGCCCCUAAGAAGUUUGACUGAACUUGAAUUUUUCGAUUUUUUUGAAUAUAUGGAUCAGAUCUUCUUUCUGAGAUCACGGCUUGAAAUUGAGAAAAAUUAAAACUUCGAUUUUCCAGGGUAAAGUCAUUAUGUCUCACAUCAGCUUGAGAAAAAAAACGAAAGUCUGAUUUUUUAAAUUACUUCGCUAGCUCUUUUUUUCUCAGCUUAAAGUUCAGAAAUGACCAGAAACCUGAAUUUCGCGAAAAACCUCAGUAAUUUUUUUUUUCUGCGAGUAUAGCUACAGCCUGAAAAAAAAGAAAGUCGGAUGGAACUCUAAAUUUUCCGAUUUUCAUGUAUUAGAGUACGAAUUCAGCUUCAGAAAGGAGAGGAGUCUGAUUUCCACUGGGAUGCCUUCUCAUACCAGAUUCUGAACGAUCGUUUUUUUUUUUCAACUUUCGAACUCCUCCACUUGAUCUUUCGAUUUUGAAACAUCAAAUCGUUUAGGACUCGUCCGUAGCCUCGGCUUCGGCAGAGGUCUCCGAGAGCAACGACUCCCCCAUCAUCGAUGGCGACGACGACGACGACAACGUCAACGCCUUCUUGGCUUCACAGAGCAAUGAUUCUCCACUGGAGGAGGUCGACAACGAGACCGAGGAGUCUGAGGUCGCUGCCGUCCGAGUCAAGAGAGUGAGUCUAGAUUUUUUCUUGUAAAUUUGAGCUUCUCGACUGUUCUAGGGUUGCUCUAGGGCCUGAGAAUUUUUAAGCUCAUUUUUCCCGAACUUCUAGCCUUCUAAGCGGAAAUUUGAGGUUCAGUAAAUGGUUGAGUUUUUUUUUUGCAAAAGAAAUCUUGAACCUAAAACAAGAAGCUGAGAUUACUUAAUUAGCCUUAUUAGUUGUUCUGGCUCAUUAUUAGAACACAAGGGGAAUAUUGAAAUUGCUCCUUUUAAGUAGGGGGCGCAAAGCCCCGCCCCUUCACGCCACCAAAAUGACGAAUUUUUUGUUGCAAAAACGGUUUUGAGGCGUUUAUACUAGCUAAAGUCCCACUUUAAAAAUGAACUGUUUCUGUUAAUCUAUGUAAUCGACAACGCUCUACAAGACUGAAUAUUUUUUUAAACUAUGUAUUUUUUUCAAAAAAAUAAGCGAAAAAAAGUAAGAUUUAACACAAAAAAACUGACAAGUUUCACAAAAAUCGUCGCGUUUCAGAAAAAGCAAGUGAGGAACGCUUCUAAAUUUUAAGUAUGUUAUACAUUAACACUUUCUUUAUUUUUUGAGUAAAAAUAAAAAAAAUCUACCGACGCGAAAAAAAUAUUAAAGCUUGUAAAGUGACACCAAACUUUGAAGCUGAAAUGCGAAAAAAUUUCAGCGAAAUGGUAUACUUUUUAUUUGAUUUAAAAACUAACAGUGUGUCCAAAAAUAAAAAUUCAAAACGAAAAUAAUUAUUGGGACAGCGAAUCAAAUUAUAUUUGAGUUUUACCAAAACCUCCUUUUUUCGCCUGCCUCGUUGACGCAUGAGAGAAUAGGAUCGCGUCUAUAUUUUUUUGAUUAUGUUAUUAAGCGUUCAAAAACUCUAUCAAUGAAAAAAUUAUGAAAAAAAUCGAUCGACGCGAAAAAAAUAACGGCUUUGAAAACCUCGAAAAAAUGGCAAUUUUUUUUGAAAUUUCGGAAGAUUUCGUGCAAGUGUCCGUAGCAGUGUUUGCGUCAAACACACCGAUGCGCCCUUUUAAAUGUCGCAGGAGCCGUUUUUUUCGGAGUCAAAUUGCACUUUUUUUCCUGUUUUUAUUUCGAAAUAACAUUGUUUUUUUCAUUUUUUUUCUUUUUUUUCCAAAUCGAAUGAUAAUAAUUUUUUUCUGCGUAGAAAAAAAGAAAAAAAUAAGCUGAAAAAAAUUCCUUUGACCUUUUUUUCUAGGUAGUUUUUUUGAUAUUUUAUCAAAAAAAUUCUUAUGAGGAUUGUACAAAAAGAUUCAUACCAAAAACAUGAGGCUCAGUUCGGACAACCUCUCAGAACAGAAAAACCGAUUUAAAAAAACGGUCCUGAACCGCGUAAAAACAUUUAAAAAGAAAGCGUGCGGCAGCGGGUAAACCGUGAGAUUUUGCCUCCAGUUGUACGCCGCGCGCGCUCGUUUUUUGGCCAUAACUUUUUUCUUAGUGAAGCUUUUUUCAAAAACUAAACGGAUUAUGAAAAUGGACAGUCUCCUCUAUCGAACAAUGUGAAAAACAUAUUUUUUGAAUCGUUCUGAAGAAAUGGCUUGCGGUCCCUACUUUUAAGCCAUUAUUAUUGGAUCUGGCUUGAAACAAGCAAAAAUUUCCUUUCCGGGGUCUAAGACUAGUAAACUAGAUAAGGAGCUUGGUAAAGCCUAGAAAGUCAUUCCACGGUCCUGACAUGGUCCAGUAAAAAAUUUGAAGCUAAAGUUAAAAUUAACAGUAAGAUCUACAGUACCAAUGCCAAAAUGAAGCCUUUUACCUCAAUUUCUAGGGACCUUGUAGAUGGAAAGCCAAACGUAACUUUAAAACUUGUUCUGAAGUCAUAUCUUGACGCCAGACUGACCAAUCUAUCCAGAACCUUGCUCAGGCUUCAAAUCGAACUUUAAGCUCUUUUUGAAAAUGUUUUCCUCAUUUCAACGUUCAAGCGCUACCAAGAGAUCUAGAUAGGCCCUGGAUAGAAACUCCUCGAAUUUUUUCCAGGCCGCCGGUCGACGACGCCGCCUCGCCCGCAAACACCGCAAAAGACGUCAUCAGCGUCAACGUCGCACGCAACUGAAGCACCGCCUGCGUCGCGUCCGCCAGCAGCGAACGAAGCGAGUCCAGCGACAGAAGCAGGCCCGCGUCGCCCGCCAGAACUUGGAGGCGGCUCAACGCGCCGCCGUCGCCCAGAAGGCCGCCGCCGACGCCGAGCACGCCGCCUUCGAACGCGGCGUCCUCGACAAGGUCCAGGAGCACCUCAACAGACACGCCUCGCGAAACGGCGCCGCCCCCGCCGAAGCCAGACACGCUGAAGCUGACAACCUCGUCGUCGCCUGA